ACUCAGGUUGCACAAGAGGGUCAGUAUAAAAGGUAGGUCGUGGUUAUUGGUAUAGUCUACGUAUUGGUUAAUGUUUUGAAAUUCUUCGAGCUGAAAACCGCAAAGAAAUUGGCUACUUAUUACUUAAUCUCAUAUCGCCAAAUGUUUACUGAAUGACUUUAAUUCGCAGGUGAUCACAGGUGCUUUACAACAAACAUGAUUGAACAGGUACGCGCAAUAAAUACCGAGUAAUUUGUUUCAGGCCAAUUUAAGCCAAAUAGCUGUAUAUAAAAAAAAAAUUGUUUAAUAGGCUACUGUAAGUAGUUUAAUAAGAAGCCUUGCAUUGCCUAACAAAAAAAAAAAAAGCUGAAACUGGUUUGUCAAGGAUCCUCGUGAUCUUUGUGAGGGUGAGUGAUGAUGGAAGAGCUGUAAAUGAAGAGGCAUAAAUGUUAGAAGCGUUAGUUUGGCUGGAUUGGUGAAAAUAUCUGUUUUUUUAUUAGCUUGAUAUCAAACAUUCGUUUGUCACUUUUUUUUAUCAAGGUGUUUUGAAUUUGAUUUUCAUCUUUUGUUUCCUUAACCUGCAAAAAGCAAUUGGUUCAGCCAGACUAACAUAUUAGGCUAGAUGUGAAUUGAAUGUUGUUUAUAUAGCCUAUACUGAAAUAAGACAAUCAUUGAGUUAUUAUUUGUAUUAUUAUUUAUUUAUUUGCUUUAUUUUUGUUUUACUUUCAGUUAUGAAGACUCGGUAUCAGUUUAUCUAAACAAAUAGGCUACAUACAAUGACGUAGCCUACAUAACUAGCUGGACUACAUGUUUUACCUUUUACUCUGACAAAAACAACACUUGUUUUGAGAGAUAAGUUUGCUUAAAAACAAAAAGGAAUCUGAAUGUUUACAGUAGGCUACGUGACUACUGUCCAGUAUUUUGCAUUACUUACAUUUGUCGCUAUUUUAUGUUGUUUCAUAUAGGCUGGUAUAGUCUGUUGAAUGAUUUGGGUUUCUGGCCAUAUUGUGACUAUGUGGUUUACUUGUUAGUAUUACUUUUAUUUGGUUUAUUUGCAGAAUCAUUGUAGCUGGAAUGAGUUCUGAAAAUGUGACCGAAUACUGAGGCCCACAACACAAUCCAGAAGGGGAGAUCAGAUUUAACAAGACCUGGUCAUUAGGAGUCAUCCUUCAAUGGAUCAACUCAAGGUUGAAAAGCCCAGCUCAGAGCAGCAAGGGAGAUCAGCAUCUCCAUGCCCCAGCCAUGAGUCCAUGAGGAGUGAACGGUCAAUGGGUCAUCCAGAGGAUUUAAAAGAAUCCAGAUCAAAGCAGCAUGGAAGAUCAGCAUCUCCAUGUCCCAGCCAUGCAUCCAUGAGGAGUGCUCAGUCAAUGGGUCAUCCAGAGGAUUUAAAAGAAUCCAGUGCUGCCUCACCCCUUGAUAAAAUUGGAGAAGCAGUCCAAUCAAAUCUGAGGAGCAGAUUUCAGUGUUUGUGUGAAGGGAUAUCAAGACAGAGUGUCCUCAUACCUCUCAACGAGAUCUACACUGAGGUCUACAUCACAGAAGGUGGAUGUGGAGAGAUCAAUAAUGAACAUGAUAUCAGAUGGAUUGAAACUGCAUUCAGGAGAGGAACAACAGAUAAUACGGCAAUCAACUUGAAUGACAUCUUCAAACUUUUACCUGGACAAAAACAGCCCAUCAGAACUGUGCUGACUAAAGGAGUCGCUGGCAUUGGAAAAACAGUCUCUGUGCAGAAGUUCAUUCUGGACUGGGCUGAAGGGAAAUCAAAUCAGGACAUUCGCCUCAUAUUUCCACUUCCUUUCAGAGAGCUCAAUUUGAUAAAGGACCAAACAUUCAGUCUUCAAGAUCUUCUGCAACUUUUCAUGGGCACAAAACAACUUGAAUUUUCUUCAAAUGAAAGUAAAAUCAUUUUCAUCUUCGAUGGAUUGGAUGAGUGUCGUCUGUCUCUGGAUUUUCAGAGAAACGUGAGGUUGUGUGAUGUGACUGAAUCAGCCUCUGUAGACGUGCUGCUGACAAACCUCAUUGCUGGGAAUCUGCUUCCCUCUGCUCUCAUCUGGAUCACCUCCAGACCAGCAGCAGCUGAUCUCAUUCCCUCUGAGUGUGUCCAUCGAGUGACAGAGGUGCAAGGCUUCAAUGACCCUCAGAAGGAGGAAUACUUCAGGAAGAGAAUCAGUGAUCAGGUCCUGUCCGACAGAAUCAUCUCACACUUGAAGUCAUCAAGGAGCCUCUACAUCAUGUGUCACAUCCCAGUGUUCUGCUGGAUCUCAGCCACUGUUCUUGAGGAGAUGUUGAGAGAAACAGAGAGUGGCGAGAUUCCCAAGACUCUCACUCAAAUGUACACACACUUCCUGAUCAUUCAAAUGAGAACUAUGCAUGAGAAGGCCUAUGAUAAGAACAUUAAAGAUAUACACAUGGUUCUCAAACUGGGUAAACUAGCUUUUCAGCAGCUGGAGAAACAUAAUCUGAUCUUCUACGAGGAAGAUCUUAAAGAAUGUGGCAUUGACGUACAAGAAGCGUCUGUGUACUCAGGAUUGUGCACUCAGAUCUUCAGAGAAGAAUCAGGGCUGUUUCAGGGGAAAGUCUACUGUUUUGUUCAUUUGAGUGUUCAGGAACAUCUUGCAGCUUUAUAUGUGUACCUCUCAUUUGUGAAUCAAAAUAUAAAUAUGAUAGACCAACCUAGUCUUCUACCCAGUGUUCUGACUUGUGUUAUACAAGGUUCAAUAUCAAUGUCUGACCUCUAUCAGAGAGCUGUAAAGAAAGCUCUGCAGAGUACAAGUGGACAUCUGGACCUUUUCCUUCGCUUCUUUCUGGGAUUCUCACUGGAGUCCAAUCAGACUCUCUUACGAGGCCUGCUGACGCAGACAGAAAACAGUUCUGAGAGCAAAGAGAGAAUAGUUAAUUACAUAAAGCAGAAGAUCAAAGAGAAUCCUCCAGAGAAAUCAAUCAAUCUGUUCCACUGCCUGAAUGAACUGAACGAUCAUUCACUAGUGGAGGAAAUCCAGCAUUACCUAAAAUCAGGGUCAGAAAAAAAGACCACACUGACAGCCUCACAGUGGUCAGCUAUGGUCUUUGUAUUGCUGACCUCAGGGCAAAAACUAGAUGUGUUUGAUUUAAAGAAGUACGUUUGGACACAUGUCUUGCCAGAUGAAAGUCUUCAAAGGCUACAACCAGUGCUUAAAGCAUCCAGAACCGCAAAUCUUGGUGAUCAUAACCUAACAAGAAGAAGCUAUAUCACUUUAGUUUCUGUUCUUACAUCAAAAACCUCAUGUCUGAGAGAGCUGAACCUGGCUCAGAGUAAUGUAAGUGAUUCAGGACUUAGGUUACUCUGUGAUGGCCUGCAAAAUCCUCAAUGUCGUUUGGAAACACUGAAACUGGAGUUUUGUGAUGUUUCUGAUAAGGGUUGUGAUUGUCUGGCUUUGGCCCUGAGAUCAAACCCCUCACAUCUAAAAGAGCUGGAUCUGUCUGGAAAUAAACUCACUAACUCCGGAUUGAAGAUUAUUUCUGCUGAAUUACAGAAUCCCCUCUGUAAACUUGAGAAAUUGUGGAUGAGACUUUGUCGUAUCACAGGAUAUGGUUGUGCAUCUCUGGCUUUAGUUCUGAGAUCAAACCCCUCAUAUUUGAUGGGGCUAAAUCUGUCUGGGAAUACAUUAGGAGAUUCAGGAAUGAAGAAUCUCGCUGAAGGACUAGAGAACCCUCACUGUAAACUGGAGAUAUUGAGGUUGAGGGAUUGUGGUAUCACAGAUGAAGGUUGUGCUGCUCUGGCUUCAGCUCUGAGAUCAAACCCCUCACACUUGAGAGAGCUGGAUCUGUCUGGAAAUAAAUUUGGAGACACUGGAUUGCAGACAUUAUGUGUUGAUCUGGAGAAUUCUGACUGUAAUCUUGAGAUGCUCAGGUUAGACCAUUGUGAAUUCACUAAUGAGGGCUGUGCAGCUCUGGGUUCAGCUUUGAAAUCAAACCCUUCCCAUCUGAGAGAACUGGAUCUAGGUUGGAAUAAACUAGGUGACUCAGGUGUGCAAGCACUUUUUGAUGCUUUGAAGGAUCCAAACUGUAAAUUGGAAGUUUUGCGACUGAGGAAUUGCACAAUUGCAGAGGAAGGUUGUGCUGCUCUGGCUUCAACAUUGACAUCAAACCCUUCACACCUGAGAGAGCUGGAUCUUUCUCAAAAUAAACUAAGAAGCUUAUGGGUAAGAAUGCUCUCUACCGCUCUGGAGAAGCCGGAUUGCAAACUCGAGAUACUGCGUUUUGAAUAUUGUGAUCUCACAGAUGACGGUUGUGCUGUUCUGGCAUCAGCUUUGAGAUCGAACCCCUCACACCUCAGAGAACUAGAUCUGUUCAUGAACAAUCUAGGAGAUUCAAGAAUACAGCAGUUCUCUGCUAUGAAGAAUGACCCCAACUAUAAACUCCAAAAACUACAGUAUGGACACCAUCAUUUUUAGAGACCAGUAUUUAAAGAAAUACACUUUUUUUUUUUUAUUCUUCUGCACUGAAAUUAUCAUUAUAUAUAUAUAUAUAUAUAUAUAUGAAAAUGUAAAGAGAUUGAUUAUGAGACCUUUCACUCCAGCUUUUUUAAGUCUUUGUACUUUAGACUGAGUUUUAUUUAAUAUUGAGUUAGCCUAGUAGUAGUUCUCUAGUGACUCUCACCUCUGUCAGUUUUCCACAUCUUCAUGCCACAAGGACAUAAGCAACAAACUGGACAAUAUAUCCAUGAGUUGUAUUUAAGUCCUCCUAGCUAGCUAGAUGCCAUUGCACUUUGAUUUGAUUUUAUUAACUAAUUUGAUUGUUUACUUUUUAUUUUUUUUUACUUUUUUGCAAUUUUGUAAGGUUCUCUCAAAAUAUGAAUUGUCUUUUGUGUCUGUUAAUUUCUCUAUGUAACAGCUAAACUGAUAUGUGCAGAAUGCAAUUGUAUUAAAAUUAAUGUAGCUUAUACAAAGUUGUAGGUUGACUUGAUUGCACAGACACUGAACUGAACUGAGCGUUGUUCUGACCCUUAUUGUCCUGCAUGCUGGCAAAUGUAGUGGAAGGAUUGCUUUGAAUAAUUGCUUAUGAAACCGGCGAGCAUUCAACAGUAUAAAAUUCCACCCGUUUCAAACCUAAAAUACGUUUUUAAUAAUAAUAUGUGUACAUUUUUAGUCCCGUUGCAGAACGCUGCGGUGAUUCGGUAACUACUGCCACCUAGUGUCUGCACGCUGUCAGCGCAGUUUCAUUCCCCCUCUUCCUUUUUUCCUCAAAAAACGAACACAUAAUCAGGAAAAUCUAAAUUGAAAGGACCUACUGAAGACUGCUUAAAUUAAACUGCCAACAGUCUACAGGAGGUUAAUGGAGAGGCCGGAAGAGGAAUUUACUUCUGGGAAAUAUCCUACCACUUUGGUCCACAAAAAAUAAUUAAAUAUAUAAUAAUAUAUAAUACCAAACUUUAUACUUUAAAAUUGGACGUUUAAUUCAACGUGUUACUUUAUUUAAAUGAUUUGUGAAAUUCCCAGCAAUUUCUGGUUUCUAAUUGUUUACAACCAAUGUGUUUCAGUGUAGACAUCGCUUGAGACAACUAGAGGGAGCUGUUUAUCAAUCUGUAAGAGUUCUAAAAUUUAAUUCUAUUUUACGCAAGUGCAACUUCACUCUAACGUGACAACAACAAAGACAACAGCCCCAUACAAUAAGUAAUCAUUUAUCUGUUUUCAUGAUGCUGAUAUUUAGGUUUAGAUCUCAGUAAAUUUGUGUCAUUUGAAUCUAGGUUUAACGUUAGACAUGACUGAGGAUGACACAUACUCCCAUGUUUAUUGGUUGCAAAGGAUUAGCAGGAUAAACUGUGUAAACAUCUGAGGAUGAGCAGGUUAUAUUAUUAUUACAUGUAUGGAUGCAUAUGUGUUGUAUAUGACAGGUGCAUGUUGGCAACCUUAAGCAGAUGCGAGUUAAGGAAUGUAAAGUUCAAAGGUCAUGUGGGAUAGAUAGAUAGAUAGAUAGAUAGAUAGAUAGAUAGAUAGAUAGAUAGAUAGAUAAAGAUAUAUUUGUUGUUGCAGAAUAUUAAUAAUAGGUAAGCAAUAUCUAAGCAUGAGCACUGGUCAAGUUAGUCUGGGAAGCGUCAUACAAACACACACUCAGAUUAAUGCAUGCCUUAUCAUUGCUCAGUAAAAUGAUUAUUCAAAAUGUGUUUUUUCCUGAGGCUCUUGGUUUGCAUCUGUUUCCUCAUCUCUGCUAAUCAGGACCUAUAAAUGUAUAUUGAAGUAUUGAAUGUG